CGUGCAGUAGCGAGACGUCAGCUUCUCCACAGGGAUUAUACUAGAUCACUUUUUAAAGUUUUAUUUGACAAAGAGACCAACAAGUUGGAGACCAACAAAGACUCUAGAAUCUAGUGGUCAAUGUUUUCAACGAGAAAGUUUCUGUGUCUAGCUGUCAUUACCUUGAUUGUUCUAUUGGUAAUGCUGAUUAGGGAUCUGCAAAACAAAUGUGAUAUCGAAAAGAAUAAAGCACGUUCGUUGAAACCAUUGUCCAUUAUCUAUGUCAUCACUCCAACAUAUGCAAGGCUGGAACAGAAGGCAGAACUAACAAGAUUUAGUCAUACUCUGCUCCAUGUGCCAAACAUUCACUGGAUCGUCAUCGAAGACUCCCCUGAAAAAACAGCUUUAGUGCAGAACUUUCUUAAUAGAACUAGAAUACAUUCUACACAUCUGUACGUCGCUACGCCUUCAGAGUAUAAAAUGAAUCGAACGGAUCCCCACUGGCUGAAGCCCCGAGGCGUGCUACAACGCAAUGCUGCUCUAGACUGGCUGAGAGAAAACACAUCCCCUGAUGAUGAUGGUGUUGUGUAUUUUGGGGAUGAUGACAAUGCAUAUAGUUUACAAAUAUUUGAAGAAAUGAGAAACACAACAAAAGUAUCAAUCUGGCCUGUAGGUCUUGUUGCAGACUUGCGCUAUGAACGUCCUAAAGUGACCAAUGGGAAGGUGACAGGCUGGUACACGUACUGGAAACCUGAUCGACCUUUUGCAACGGACAUGGCCGGCUUCGCCAUUCAUCUCAAUCUAAUUCACCAACAUCCAGAAGCAAAAUUUUCAAAUGUUGUUGCUGCUGGUCGUCAGGAAUCCACAUUUCUGACAUUUUUUAACUUGACACUGGAUGAUUUGGAACCUAAAGCAAACAUGUGCACUCAAAUUUUAGUUUGGCACACGAGAACAGAAAGAAGUAAUACUCCAUAUGAAGAAGCGAUGGUCAAACUGUAUGGCGCUGACGCAUAUCCAAACAUUGAAGUUUAAUAUUUUUACAAAUGAAUGUUAUUGACCAUAUUGUUACUUCCUUUAUAUAUUGUUUAUAUGUU